GUAACAUCUGGCUUUUCUUCUUCAACUUCAGGGAUUGCAGAAUCAAACGGACGAUUCCAAAUCUCCUUUUCCGUUUAGAUAGAACGAGGAUGCUAUCAUAUUGGCCAUAGGCAUGUCGUCGCCUCCACCUCUUCAGAUUGACCCCCACGGAAGUUGCCGCUGAAACUCAAUCCAGCGACGAACCAAACCGACGGGAGAGACGUCGGAGCUCGCCGGAAAGAAAUUCACGGAUCGACUCAGCCGGAAACGAGAAGAACAUCGCCGGAGUCCUUUGCCGGAAAUUUUACGCGGAUUCAAGGUAAGUGAUUUAUGUCGCUAAAAUUAAUUAGUAGAUUAGUAUUCGUUAAUAUAUCUUCAGUCAAUUGAAGUUGGAUUUGUAAAUUCGAUUGUGUAAUGCGUUGUAUUGAAUUGAAAAUUUAGAAAUUUGGGUUGCAAUUAUACCCUACUGUGUGUUCUUCAUUGCCAUGUUCUGUUCUCUGUUUCGUUCUUUUCCCUGCUCGGCGUACUGUUCUUCUUCUCUAUCUGCUCAGUUUCUCUUCUCUUUCUAUCUAUUCUCUGGUUUUGGGAUCACUGUGAAUACGUCUUUGCCGGCUUUGUCACCGCCGGAUGUCUCAGUUGGACUACGCUGCUACCGCCGCCGUGGCUGGGUGGUUGUCGGAAUGCUCUGCUCGCUGUUCCUCUUUGCCGAAUUGGAAUUUAACACUGCUCUUGCCGCCACGACGUUGAUGGCGUGUACGGCACUGAGAUUUCCUGAGUGGUGCUACGGUUGUAGUCGCUGGGCCGCUGGAAGGAAAGUAGAGGUGGUUUACAGAGUAAUGAUAAAGUGGAGAUUUGGGUUUCUCUAGAAUUACAAAUCCACGGAAGGCACAUAGUAUUUUUCUUAUAUUCCCAGCUUCAUGGAGGAUCAAAAUAUGCACAAAUUAUCCAAGAAAGUGCAAUCAACAGUGUAAGUUUUUCAUUUUUCCCUAGCAUGUUCAUCAUACCAGAAUAAUGACUCAUUAAUUGACCAGAAUAAUGACUCAUGGUUCACACUUUUUUACUUACCAGUUCAAAGUUCUAAGAAUUUCUUUCUCAUGCUGGAGGAAUAUGCUACACAUGAUUGUGCCCUAUUUUUUAUCAAUUAAUCUGUAAAUUCAUUUAGGAAUGCCGUUCUUUGAGAAAUGAGUUCGAAAACCACAUCAUGGUUACACUUUGAGCUCAAUCUCACCACAGGUUCAACCUUUACAUCUUCGUGUGUAGCUAUCUGUGCCGUGGUGGGUUUUGUCAAGUUAAGCUUCCUUUCUUGCAUCCUUGCUCAAAUCCCCAGGUGAUGUAGGUAUUUUUAUUCUUGGAUACAAACUAAAACCAAAAUAUGCACAAAUUAUCCAAGAAAGUGCAGUGAACAGUGUAAGUUUUUCAUUUUUCCCUACAAAAUAUGUGACUGCUUCGUUAUUGAGAGCUUGAGGUGCUUCCAUCUUCAGUCAUCACUCUUGGUCUUCUUUCCCAAUACUUUAGUUGUAAUGUUUCUAUUUUCUAACUUCAAAUUUUAGUAAUUAUUCCAAAUUCAAUUUAUUGACUAUUGAAUAAUUUGUUUGAUGAUUAUUUUUUACUUUUUCAGAAUUUAAAUGGACUUGGUAGACCUUUCACAUAUUUAAGUUCCAGGUUGUUUCUUAAGUUUAUUAUUUUGUUCUUGAACGCUUCGAUUUAAAAUGAGUAAUAGAAUUAAAAACUUUAAACAAAUUUCAAAAAGGGGCUCUUGAUAAGUUUGUUAUAACAAAUUUACUUUUUUUCAAGAAAUGAGAUCAGAAUCAAACUCUUGAAGCUAUGGAAAUUGAGAGUGUUGAUAUUAUUGAUGUUUCAUUUGGUGUUAAUGAAACAAUUGAAAUUGAUAACUUUGAUAAUAUUGAUGAAGAUAUUGAAGUUGGUCAUGUAUUUCUUCUAUUUCUUUAUUGUUUUAUUAGAAAGCCUCAAGAAAGGCCUCUAUAAAUUCCUAUUGGUCAAUUUUCUUGCAAUUAACGUCCAUAGGAAGAUUUUGUGCAGUCUCUAUGUUCGAUGUUAGGAGAGUGUCACUUGAGGAGAGCUAUGGUUAGAAAAUAGCUUUGUAGGUUCUUAAUUGUGUCUUCUCUUCUAUUAUGUGUUGUAUUUUUCUUAAUUGUUUUUGUUGAUUAUAACUAAAAGGACCAUGAGAGAAGAGAGGACCAUACGUCAAAGGAGGUAAUCCUGCUAUAUGAUGGUGCUAUGGUUCAGACUACUUAAAAAGUAUUCUUUCUGUUUUGAAUUGUGGCCAAUUAGGGUUCCUCGAGGAAGCAAACGACCAUGGCGAUAGGGGAAUAUCAUAUUCGUGGGAUACCAUGGCAGCAAAGAAGGUAAUCUUUCUAGAUGAUGGUUUA